GUCUCUAUCCAUCAGAACCAAAGUUACCACCGAACGUUGUGAAUGCUAUUGAAGGUAUUCCUCCAAAUCAUGUCAUUACCACGAUGGAUCCCAAGCUAGAGGCGAAUAGCUUGCCGUCCUAUCCACACCUACCAGGUCAUUUGGACAGCAGACGUAUCGAAGAGAUUCGUCGGACGCUUGUGGUAGCAAAUUUGGAUACAUCGGUGAGCCCUGAGCAGCUGUUGGACUUCUUCAGCAACAACAACAUAGAGAUCAAGUACCUGCGUAUGUGCAGUAGGGACUCAGAUGCUGAUCAUUAUGCGCUGGUGGAGCUGUCUGAACAGGCAGCUGUGAUUGCGGCGUUGCUGCUGAAUGGAAAGCAGUUUGCAGAACGAUCGAUCAAGCUAUACCACUCAACGCAAGCAAUUGCCAAACCAGAGGCAAAGAGCAACGAAGCUGCACAAAAGGAAAUUGAAGAAGCAAUGUCGCGGGUAAAGGAGGCACACAAUCUCAUCUCUGCGGCAAUCGACCCGAUGAUCGGUAUGCUUUCCAAGGAUAAGCGAAGCAGAAGUGGCUCGCGCAGCCGUAAGUCUCGUUCGCGAUCCCGCGGACGUAGCCGACGCUCGAGAUCACGUAAGCGUUCACGAUCGCGCCACCGACGCUCGCGAUCUCGUCAUCGGCGUCGAUCGCGUUCGCGCUCCAAACGGUCUCGAUCGAAGGAUCGCAGGCGCAACUCUCCAUCGAGACGACGCAGCAAUUCGCGUAGUCGUCACCGUUCGCGUAGCAGAUCAAGAAGGUCGAGGUAUAACUAAACAAUCUUUUGUCUUUGCCAAAGUCAUAUUGUAUUC